AUGGCUGACUUCAAUCUGCCGAAUCAAUAUUUGUCUCAUGUUGCUUUUACCUCUUCACCUGAUGACUGGAGUGACACAACUGCCGAGAGGGGAUACUACCGCAGAGGCAAUUUUUUCAUCAAACGAACUUUGCGACCAAGCGAAUACAUAACCACACAAAAGGGAACAACCUACGUCCCACGGCUGAAUAGAGAAAGGCUCGAGAAUGAGGCUGAGAGCCUACGGUUCAUCCGUCGCAUCAGUGAUAUUCCCGUUCCAAUUGUGUACGGCGCAUUCGAAGUCGACGGCGCGUAUUUUGUGGUCACGGAAUACAUCGAGGGCUCCUCUAUGUCUGAGCUUGAGGAAGGUCAGAAAGUGAUCGUUCAGGGCGAACUCUGCCAGCACCUACACACCCUUCGUGGGAUCAAGUCAAACAAAACUGGCGGACCUUCCGGAAUCGUCAUUCCUCCCAGCCGCGUGGUUGAAUGUACGGAUGAUGAAGUCUGGCCUCAACACACCGCUGAUAGCCAGGCUUAUGUUUUCUGUCACAAUGACUUAUCUCAGCCGAAUAUCAUUGUGGAUCCGUGCACAUUGAAGAUUAAGGCUAUCAUCGAUUGGGAGUACGCAGGGUUCUUCCCACAGUUUUUUGAGGCCCCUUUCUAUAAGCGACUUGGCCCCUCUUCUGCGAUAGGCGAUGAAGUGGAUGAUAUUCCGAGAUUACUGCGCUUUUUGCAGACAAGCAAAUGGUGA